AAGACUCCUUUCGAACUAGUUUAUAGAAAGAAACCUACUACUAACUACUUACGAGUAUAUAGCUGUAAGGCCUACGUACUCGAUAAGAUAAUACCGAAGAAGGAGAAGCUAAGAGCUAGAGUUCUUAUUAGCUAUUUAGUUAGAUAUAAUUCUACUAACAUCUUCCGUAUCUAG